GUCCUUCGUAGUUAUGCAACACAGAAUACAGUUGAAUACACUUUCUUUAGAGCAGUGCAGGGGUUCAGGGAAAUUAUUUUUUAUUUUUGUAUGGUAAUUUUUAAUGAUAUCUGUAAUGUUUUUCAAUAGUCUAAUUUCAUUUCAUAAAAUAAGCUGCGUUCAUUAUUGUACAAAAGCUGCAACAAAAAAUAAACUGUACAGCAACACAAUAUUUCUACCAAAAACCAAAUUUCCUUUGAGGUUAGAAAAUAAAAAAUUAGUAGACCGAGAUGAAACUAUUCAUAAUGUAGCCGAGUUCGAAAAUCUAUAUCUCUGGCAGAGAAGUCAUUUAUAUGAACCUGAAUUUGUGUUACAUGAUGGCCCCCCUUACGCAAAUGGACAGCUACAUAUGGGACACGCUAUCAAUAAGAUUCUGAAAGAUACAAUAUUACGUUACCAUAUCCUGCAAGGAACUAAAGUACAUUAUGUGCCAGGUUGGGAUUGUCAUGGUUUGCCCAUUGAAUUGAAAGCUAUAACUGAUUCUAAUAAGCUGGACACCAUAGAAAUUCGAACUAAGGCAAGAAACUUUGCCAUGAAGACUGUGGAAGAUCAGAAAAAAGUAUUCAAGUCAUGGGGAGUCAUAGGAGACUGGGACAACUCCUAUAGAACUUACACAGCAGACUAUGUGAAAUCCCAGCUGCAUCUAUUCUUCAAGCUGUAUAAAAAGAAUCUGAUAUUCAGAGAUGUUAAACCCAUUUAUUGGUCUCCAUCUUCAAGAACAGCCCUUGCUGAAGCUGAAUUGGAAUACAAUGAGAAACAUAAGAGUCCUAGUGCAUAUGUGAGACUGGAAAUGAAAUCAUUACCAAAACUAGAAUUAUUGAAGGAUAAGUUGUGUACUACAUAUGCCAUAAUCUGGACUACAACUCCUUGGACAUUACCUUCUAACCAUGCUGUAUGUUACAACAAAGAAUUAUCAUACAGUCUUUUGAGAAUAUCAGAUGCCAAAGAUUCCAAUAUUUACCUUGUUGCAUCUGAAUUAGUUGACAGUUUGUCAAGUACUUUGAACACCAAAUUUGAAGUUGUUGAAGUAAUACCUGGUGAUGCUCUAGAGGGAGCCACUUAUGUCCAUCCUGUAUACAGGAGUAGGCUACAUAGACUUGUCAAUGCAUCUUAUGCUACUGCCAGUAAAGGUACUGGUUUGGUUCAUAUAGCUGGGGCACAUGGCCCUGAUGAUUUCCUCAUUGCAUUGGAUAAUAAAUUGCCAAUUGUAGACUUGGUAAAUGAGAUAGGAUGUUUCAAAUCAGAGGCUGGGCCUGAAUUAGAAGGAAAAUUCGUGUUGUCUGAUGGCAACAAAACUGUUUUGGACAUUGUUAAAGAUAAUCUGAUGCAUGUAGGUGAAAUAACUCACAGUUAUCCCUAUGACUGGAGAACCAAGAAACCUGUGAUAAUUAGGGCUAGUCAACAGUGGUUUGUUGAUACUAACGCCAUUAAAAAUAGAGCAGUAGAAUUAUUAGAGAAUGUAAAUAUAAUUCCAAAUGAGAGAUGUGAAAUUUAUAAAAGAAAUCUGAUAAAUCAAAUUAUGAAACGUCCAUAUUGGUGUAUAUCUCGUCAAAGAAAAUGGGGAGUACCAAUACCUGUUUUAUACAACAAAAGUUCAUCAGAAACCAUCAUUAAUGAAAACACGAUGAAUCAUCAAUGCAAUUUACUGGAAACUCACGGGACCGAUUUCUGGUGGACGCUUUCACCAAGGGAACUCUUGCCAGAAAAUAUGUGCUCUAACCAAGACACAAUAGAGAAAGGACAAGACAUAAUGGAUAUAUGGAUGGACAGUGGUUUGUCCUGGGGAAAAGUAUUGGAAGGUACAAAGGUUGCCGACUUGUAUCUGGAAGGCGUAGAUCAGUUCACAGGCUGGUUUCAAUCGUCUCUCUUGACCUCCGUCGGUCUCAGAGACAAAGCUCCCUACAAGACGAUCUACGUGCACGGAUUUGCUGUCGAUAAAAACGGUGUGAAAAUGUCCAAAUCGACAGGCAACGUCGUUGAUCCUUUGGAAAUAACCAACGGGAAAAAAGGACAGAAGCCUUAUGGUAUAGAUGUAUUGAGAUGGUGGGUAACGUGCCACGCCAAUCAGGUAGCUCUAGCCAAUGUGAGUCCGACUGUUUUGCAGGCUAGUGCCGAAGAAGUUCAAAAGAUAAGGAGUAUUCUUAGAUUCGCCUUGGGAAGUUUAUCAGACUAUGUAGAGAUAGAGGAGAACAAGAAAAAUCUAUUGUUGAUUGACAAGUAUAUGUUGCAUCUCCUAUAUCGAUUUCAUGAACGAGCGAAUGAAAGCCUCAAGAACUACAAGUUCCAUCAGGUAUCCACCUUAGUGAUGAAUCUUCUGAGCAACCCUAUAUCGGCUCUUUAUUAUACGGCGAUAAAAGAUCGUUUGUACUGCGAGAGCCUAGACAGUACACCUAGAAGAUCUGCCCAAUUCGUUCUUCUUAAAAUGUUGGAAAUCGUCACUCUAGCUGUUGCUCCCAUGGUGCCCCAUUUAGCAGAAGAAAUCUACCAACACUUUCCAUCGAGGGAGAGAAAGACAUUUUUCACUAGUUCGCAUCCACGCCCAGAAUCGUUUUGGGAGGAUGAAGACGUAGAAAAAAAGAUGGGGGUUAUUCUUGAUUGCAAAAAAGUUAUUAAUAAACAAUUGGGGGCCAGUACAAGUGAUGCUGAAGUGAGGUUGGUCUUUCCAAAGAAAGUGUUCGAAAAUAUUGAGAAUUCUAUGAAGAUUGAUGAAUUAGAGAAGGAACUUGUUGACAUUUUCCAAGUAGCUCGAGUAUCGAUUGUAGCAGACGAUUUACAAGAAUACAAAUUAGAAAUAAGUAAGAGUGCAAAUUUCUCCUGUCCAAGAUGUAGACGAGUUCAUUCGGAAAAAGAAGAUGAAUUAUGUAAAAGAUGCAGUGAUGUUGUGAAUUCUUUGGGCAUUAAUAAAAGUGCUGUUGUAAAUUAA